CUUAAAUGCAACACUAAAUCUUCAUUAUUUGUCAGGGCUUUUUUUUCUACCAUGACGACAAAGCUUAAUAUUCCACACUCAUUUUAUUUUAGAUUCUCAGUCAAAUGGAUCAAGUUAUGGACUUACCGCAAACUGACUUUACCAGCAGUGAAUCAGUUAUACCAACAAGUCAGCAAAUGGAGACAGACAGCGAAACAAUACCAAGUGUUGUGCCGACAACAGCCCCUGGUGGCCCACAGUCAGGAAAACAUGAAGAAUUCUCUGUUGAAAAAGUCCUUGAUAGAAGAAUCAAAAAUGGAAAAGUAGAAUAUCUACUAAAAUGGAAAGGUUAUUCAGAUGAAGAUAAUACCUGGGAGCCAGAAGACAAUCUGGAUUGUCCAGAACUUAUUUCAGCAUAUGAAGAGGCCAGGCUGAAAAAAGAAGCAAUACCAAAUGUGACAGAGUCUGUGGAAGAAACUCCUACAAGAAAACGUUCCCGCAGAGCUGAUAAGAAAAAGAAGAUUGAAGAAGUUGAAAAACCAAGAGGUCUUAAUAGAGGUUUGGCACCAGAAAAGAUAGUGGCCGGUCAACUUUUCCAUGGAACACUUUAUUUCUUAGUAAAAUGGGAAGGUUGUAUGGAGUUAGAUGUGGUCCCGGGCCAUGCUUUAGGCGAAGCUUUCCCUGACUUUGUGAUACAAUAUUACAGUUCUUGUGUACCAUUCAGUGUACGACACCCGGUGCCUAAAGUUCCCAGGACAGCGCCAGAGCGUCCACCACCAGUAAGUGUGUCAAAUGACACACCAAUGGAUACACAGGAGAGCGCUAGUCAAAGUUCCAUUGAUACACCUUCAGACACACCAUCUACAACUGAAAAUCCACCUGCAGAACCUACAGCUGAAUUGGAAGCGCCAUCUAUCGAAGUUCCUGUCAAUUGACCUUCAGUUUUAUACUUUGACUAUAUCAAAUAAACAUUUUAAUGUA